AUGGGUUCAUUUAUUGCCAAGAUGCUUCUUCCGACAGUCAGCAGCCUGGUGUUUCUGCCUACAGCCAGCGUGGCCGCCAAGAGGGGCUUCCACAUGGAGGCCAUGGUCUACUUCUUCACGAUGUUCUUCACUGCGAUCUACCAUGCAUGUGAUGGACCAGGCCUCUCCAUCCUGUGUUUCAUGAGAUACGAUGUUCUGGAGUAUUUCAGUGUUUACAGCACCGCUCUUUCCAUGUGGGUCACACUGAUAGCUCUGGGUGACUUUGAUGAACCCCAGCGCUCCAGCGUUACUAUGUUUGGAGUCUUGACAACCGCUGUGAGGAUCUAUCAGGAUCGCUGGGGAUAUGGGAUCUACUCUGGACCCAUUGGAUCUGCUGUCUUUAUCAUCACUGUGAAAUGGCUACAGAAAAUGAAGCAGUUGAGGGCUGUGUAUCCGGAAAAGUCUGUGUAUACACAGCAGGUCGGCCCUGGAUGCUGCUUUGGUGCUCUUGCUCUGAUGCUGCGUUUCUACUUUGAGGAGUGGGACUACGCCUAUGUCCACAGCUUCUACCAUCUGUCUUUGGCUGUGUCCUUCAUACUGCUGCUGCCAAAGAAGAACCGCUUCGCAGGAACAGGACGAAAUGCUGCCAAACUCAGCUGCUUUGCUCUUUGCUGCUGCUCCGUAACCCCUGGAACCACUAAAGAGAAGAAGGACAAGACGAAGGACAAGACGAAGAAGAAGUCUUCUCGGACCGUGUGGACAGUCCCCACUGAGAAGCUGUGGACAGGACGCUGUAGCACCCCCAUCUUGCCUCUUUACAACCCGCCACCCUCAACACCUGUCAAAGGGACCAGCAUCAGCAAGCUCAAAGAGAUGAACGGCUGGAAGUGA